AUGCAGGAGCUCAACGGAUCUGCUGGCCAGGGCGCGCCCAACGGUGCCAAUGGCACGCGCUUCGGCCAUGCCUCCAAGCCCUCCAACAGCGAUACUGGCUUCUCGCAUGGCGCCUUCACCUCCAACAUCUCGGGCUUCGCUGACCGCCACCCUCGCCGCGCCAACAUCCCCUCGCUCAACACGCAGAACAUGAAUCAGAACCAGGGCAACGGCCAUGACAUGACCCCGGGCACCGCCUUUGACAUGCAGUUCACCCCUCUGCUCCCGUCGCAGCUGCUCCUCGGCAGCCCCUUUCAGCCCGGGAGCCCUGCCGCCUUUGGCAGCCCUCAGUUCCAGGGCCUGUCCGGCUUCCAGCAGACGCAGCACCAGCAGGCCAGCGGCCAGCAGCACAACGGCGGCCUCUCGAGCCCCGUGCAGCCCAGCAUGUCUCCCCAGUCCUACCAGGCCCUGGUGUCUCCCUCGACCUACGGAGCGCCUCAGUUCUUCCCUCCCCAGUCGCCCACUGGCUUCAACCUGCAGAGCUCGAUGCAGCCCGGCUCCCCCGUCUCCAUGGGCGCCGGCGUCGUCACCGGCACCAGCCGAACCGUCUACCUCGGCAACAUCCCCCCCGAUACCAGCGCCGAAGAGAUCCUGGGCCACGUCAGGAGUGGCCAGAUCGA